AUGACUGCAGUUAGAAGGUUUUGGUGGGGAGGUGAUUCAGAUAAGAAUUGUAUCUAUUGGCGAAAAUGGGAUCUUCUUACAAAGGAAAAAUCAGAAGGUGGAAUGGGGUUUAGAGAUUUAAAAUCUUUUAAUCUUGUACUGUUGGCCAAGCAAGGCUGGAGGCUUCUUGUAAAUCCUUCUUCUUUUUGGGCUCGUAUUUUAAAAGGCAUUUAUUUUCCGCGAUCUUCUUUCUUAUGUGCUAAAAAGGGUCCGAAAGCUUCUUGGCUUUGGCAUAGUUUGCUUCAGGGUAGAGAUAUUUUGUUAGCUGGUAUUCGUUGGCAAGUGGGUAAUGGCAGAAGUAUAAACUUUUGGUGUGAUCGUUGGAUUCCCAAUAAUCAGGGCUUUUUCGUUCGAGAUGCUAAGGGCCCUUUUAAUGUUAAUUCUUCUGUAGCUGAUUUUAUUUCAUCAGUUUGGUUUUCAUCUUCGUUAGGUCUUCUAAGAUCUUCUUUGCCUUCAAGUUCUGUUAGUCAGUGGUUAUCUUCUAUGAUAUCAAUGUUUGAGUCGAAGAAGGAUGUGUUGUUUUUCCUUUCGACUUUUGCUUUUGUGGGAUGGUCUGUUUGGGUAUCCAGAAAUAAGUUUGUUUACGAAAAUGUUCCAGUCAGCCCUGUUUCGACUUUAAAGGCUAGUGUUCAAGCUCAGGCAGAGUUCUUAUCUUUAUUAGAAACAUCAUGUUUAGAGUCUAGAAGCUCCACAGCUGUUUCUUCAUUACAGUGGAUCCCUCCCCCUGUGAAUAAGGUGAAGUUUAAUUGUGAUGGAGCUUUUAAAAAUGGCUCAGCAGCUAUCGGAGUUAUUGGGAGAGACCAUGUGGGGCAGCUUGUUGAUGGUCUGGGUUGUUCUGUUAAAGGUGUCUCCGCACUUCAAGUGGAAUUAAUAGCAAUUCGAGAAGCAUGUCAAACUAUCAAGAGUCAACAAUUAUCUUCCGCAAUUAUAGAAUCUGAUUGCAAAUUUGCUGUUGACUUCUUAUCUUCGAGCCUGGAUCCUCCUUGGAGUUGCGCUGUUUUAGUUGAAGACAUCAAAGUUAUAGCUUCUCAGUUUUCUAUCGUCUUCUCUUCUGUGCCUCGUCUUUAUAAUGCUCAUGCCCAUUGGGUUGCAAAACAAGCUUUUCAUGGUCUGCUCCCUCUUGAUUGGGUUUCUAGCCCUCCAACUGAUUUACUCUCUUUAUUGAGCAGUGAUUUGUCUCGUGUUUCUUGA